AUGGAAAGGACUUCUAGACUGGUAAGGUGGGCCACAAUGAAAGCUAGGGUUAGCCCGGCUUUUAAUUCUCCAGAGAAAAAAAAUAUUUUGCACAAAGCAAUUAGGAAGCUGGACGGAAAGGGAAAGAGAAGAACUUGGACUUCCUUGUUUAGGGAGAUGUGA